GCUUCAUUGUGUCGGGGAUUGAAUGGGAGAGUUUGCGUUUUGUUGAAGUCCGUCUGUUAUCAUCCACACAGCGCGGAUUAACUGGCCUGCCCGAGUCAUGCGCGUUAUCAUGCCGCAAACCUCCAACGGUGCAUUUAUUGUGCAUGAUACAGAUAAAUGCGCCCAGCUUCAGAGCCGCUGAGUGAACGAUGCUCAACAGCUCCGAAAAAAUGAACGGAGGGCCCGACAGAUACGGAUUAACAAUGUAGGGAUGCUAUUGUCGAAGUCUCGCAUCUGAUACAGAGCUGCGGGUUUGCAUCGAUGGAGAGGGUGUCUAGUCACCUAUAAAAAGCCUGCACUAUUUUUUAUUUUUUUUGGUUGCAUUUUGCCUCUUGAUUACAUUUUGGUGCCGAAUACGUUUUUCCAAAGGGUUUACCGUCGCUGGGCAUCAGACAAAAAACAUGGGGAACGCAGAAAGUAUGGAUGCUCAGCUCACAGAUUUCAGGGCGAGGGGCAGCAAACCCUCUAAACUGCCCAUGCCGGACCCGGCCGAACUGGAGGAGAGAUUUGCAAUCGCACUGAACUCCAUGAACCUUCCUCCGGAUAAAGUGAGGCUCCUUAGACAGUAUGACAAUGAAAAAAAAUGGGAGCUGAUAUGUGAUCAGAAAUUUAGAAGGCGAGUUCAAGAGUCAACUCAAGUGCUCAGAGAGCUGGAGAUAUCUCUUAGGACCAAUCACAUCGGGUGGGUGAGAGAGUUUCUCAAUGAGGAAAAUAAAGGGCUUGAUGUUCUUGUGGAGUACCUGUCUUUUGCCCAGUAUGCUGUGACGUUUGAUGGAGAUGUAACAGAGAGCACCACAGGUGAGACUUCUGUAGAGACCCCUUGGAGCAGGUCUAUAGAAGAUCUCCAUGGCGACAGCAAUCUACCAUCACCGGUCAGCGGCAGCAGCAUACCACGAUCCACAAGGCACUCCAUUAGGUCUAAUACUUUGCCCAGUCGCAGAACUCUGAAGAAUUCACGUCUGGUGUGUAAAAAAGAUGACGUUCAUGUCUGCAUCAUGUGUCUCAGAGCUAUUAUGAACUACCAGUAUGGCUUCAACAUGGUUAUGUCCCAUCCCCAUGCUGUAAAUGAAAUUGCUCUUAGCCUUAACAACAAAAACCCCAGGACCAAAGCCCUGGUUUUGGAGCUGUUGGCCGCUGUGUGUUUGGUCAGAGGAGGACACGAGAUCAUCCUUGCUGCUUUUGACCAUUUCAAAGAGGUCUGCUCAGAAUCCCAAAGGUUUGAGAAAUUGAUGGAACACUUCAAAAAUGAAGACAACAAUAUUGAUUUCAUGGUGGCGUGCAUGCAGUUCAUCAAUAUUGUGGUGCACUCAGUAGAGGACAUGAACUUCAGAGUUCAUCUCCAGUAUGACUUCACUAAGCUCGCUUUGGAUGACUAUCUGGAGAGGCUGAAGCACACUGAAAGUGAUAAACUCAAAGUGCAGAUCCAGGCUUACUUGGAUAACCUGUUUGACGUGGGGACGCUUCUAGAGGACGCAGAGACCAAAAACGCUGCCCUGGAACGUGUGGAGGAACUGGAGGAGAAUCUCUCCCAUAUGACCGACAAACUCUUAGAAACAGAGAACGAGGCCAUGUCUAAAAUCGUGGAACUUGAGAAGCAGUUGAUGCAGAAGAACAAAGAGUUGGAUGCCGUCCGGGCUGUGUACCGGGACGCCAGCUCGCAAGUUCACAUGCUUCGGCGGAUAGUUCGUGAGAAGGAUGAGACCAUUCAGAGGCAGUCCACUCUGGAGAAGAAGAUCCAUGAGCUUGAGUGCCGAGGCAGUCUCCAGAUCCAGGUGAGGGGUGAGGGAGAUGGGGAAGGAGACGUGUCUCCGCUGCCGUCACCUCCUCAGCCCAUGGCUCUUUCCCCCUGCCCUGAAGCCAUGGCUCUGGCCGGAGCCUGUGCUGGGGCAGCGUACAGCUCUGGCAGCACGUCCCAGACCGGCACUCUUCGAGCAAUGGCCACACCACCUCCUCCUCCCCCUCCACCACCUCCAAUGGCAAGUUCCUCUGUUCCCAACGGGCCAUCGGCAGCUCUCGCUGCUCCACCACCGCCGCCGCCUCCACCUCCUCCUCCUCCUCCUCCCCCACCUCCUGGACACUCUAUUGAGAUCUCUGCUCCUUUACCCCCACCUCCUCCUCCUUGUGCUCCUCCUCUCCCAGGAAGCGGCACGCCAACUGUCAUAUUCAACUCUGGCUUGACAGCCGUGAAAAUUAAAAAGCCAAUCAAAACCAAGUUCCGCAUGCCAGUGUUCAAUUGGGUGGCUCUGAAACCAAAUCAGAUAAAUGGCACCGUCUUCAAUGAGAUCGAUGACGAGAGGAUCUUAGAGGAUUUAAAUGUGGAUGAGUUUGAAGAAAUGUUCAAGACCAAAGCCCAGGGCCCUGCUGUCGACAUGACCAUGCAAAAGCAGAAGGCUCCUCAGAAGGGUCCCAAUAAAGUAUCACUACUGGAGGCCAACAGGGCCAAAAACCUUGCCAUCACGCUCCGCAAGGCAGGGAAGAGCCCAGAAGAGAUCUGCAAAGCAAUCCAGACGUUUGACCUACGUACAGUGCCUGUGGAUUUCGUGGAGUGUUUGAUGCGGUUCAUGCCAACUGAAAGUGAGGUGAAGAUGCUCCGCCAGUAUGAGCGGGAGCGACGGCCAAUGGACGGGCUCACUGAUGAGGACCGGUUCAUGAUGCUCUUCAGUAAGAUUGAAAGGCUGCCACAGCGGAUGACCAUCAUGGCCGUCAUGGGCAACUUUAACGAUAGCCUGCAGAUGCUCACACCGCAACUGCAUGCUAUCAUAGCAGCAUCUGUAUCCAUAAAAUCAUCACAGAAAUUAAAGAAAAUCCUUGAGAUCAUUUUGGCCCUUGGGAACUACAUGAACAGUAGUAAGAGAGGAGCCGUUUAUGGCUUCAAACUUCAGAGCUUGGAUUUGCUGUUGGAGACCAAGUCCACAGACAGGAAGCAGACACUUUUGCACUACAUAGCCAAUGUGGUGAAGGAGAAAUAUCCUGUUGUAUGCGUUUUUUACAAUGAGCUGCACUACAUUGAGAAAGCUGCUGCAGUCUCACUGGAGAAUGUUCUCCUGGAUGUGAAGGAGCUACAGAGAGGUAUGGAUCUGACCAGAAGAGAGUACAGCAUGCAUGGCCACAACUCCCUGCUCAAAGACUUCAUCCAUCACAACGAGGCCAGACUGAAGAAGCUCCUGGAUGAUGCUAGGAUUGCACAGGAUGCCUUUGAUGAUGUUGUCAAAUUCUUCGGGGAGAGCCCCAAGACCAUGCCACCCUCUGUGUUCUUCCCGGUGUUUGUUCGCUUCAUCAAGUCCUAUAGGCAAGCGGAUGAAGAGAACGAGCAGAAGAAGAGGCAAGAACAGCUGAUGAUGGAGAAACUUCUGGAACAGGAGGCUAUGAUGGAGGAGCACGAGAAUCAACAGUCACCAUCUCACAAGGGCAAGCGGCAGCAGCAGGGGCUGAUUGCGGAGUUAAGGAAGAGACAAGGCAAAGAUAGCCGCCACGUCUACGAAGGCAAAGAUGGAGCCAUUGAGGACAUCAUUACGGACCUGCGCAGUCAACCCUUCAGACGGUCCGAUGCCCUGAGGAGGAGUGGGAGAAGGAACUUGGAGGUACAACACCUUCAGCUACGCAACAUGGAGAUCACCACCUGCUAACCAAGCUUGAUCAACUUUUAAGGACAGAAGGUGGGCCAGUGACACUACUGAAAAAAAAGAACAGAAAAUAGCACACUUAGAACAACGGAAGGAUGGAUAAAUGUGACAUUGAACACUUCUGUUUACCUGGGAUCUGGCAUCUCGAUUUAAUGGACUGUUUUAAAGAAAGCAAGAUGAAGAAAACAUGAAGUGUAGAGUGUUGUAGGGUGACCAUAUUUUAGUUUUCAAAAGUACAUAUUUUACAGUCACUGUUAUGCAUAUUGAUUUUAAACACAGCUAAAAGGCUUCCUACCAGUGGUCAUCCUUCACAAAACGUAACUUCUACCACCGUUUUAGCAUAGGUAGAAUGCAAAAUGUUUUGAAACAAUUGAACAAUACAAGCAUUUCAGUCAAAUGUAAUUUAUGCAAUAUUUCAAAUCUUUAACCCACGGGAGAAAAUCAACCCACCGCAACUGUUUAAAAUCAGCCCAGUUCCGUGCAAAAAAAUGUGGAUUUGGCAACCCUGCAUCCAACACGAGCUACAUCCAAAAUGAUUUAAAUACUCCACAUAUUGAUAGCGACUCCUUGAUGCAUGAAAAUUAUAUUCGAUAUUAGAAUGUUUGCGGGAGCAGGCUGUAAUAGUCAGAAAUUGGGAGCAGGAUUAAGAAAACAGUCCCGUGCAGGGCUUUAAUACAAAAAUGCACACAAUGAAUGGUGACUGUAGAAAGCAAAAGCUGAAUCCCGGACAUUUCGGGCGAUUUACAAAACAUUUUUUUAGGUCCAAAAAGAGGACAUGUCCGGGGAAAAGAGGAGGUAUGGUCACCCUAGUGUUGGAUGCAAUGUGGAUUCUACAAAUGGACAUUAGGAAGAAGAUUGUGGUUUUUAUGUUUAACUAUUUAGUUUUGUGACAUUGUGUAUUAUGUACAAGACAGAGCAGAAAUGCCAAAGUCCUUGGAUUGGCCCACCACUUUUCAUUUUCAUUGUCAUUUAACCGCUGGUUCUAAAACUUCAAACUGAGCAGCUUUUUCUGAGGGGAAGAUUUACAAGAUGCACUUUUAAUAUUUUUUUUUUUUUUGUACUUUGAUCAUCUUAAAACUGAACUUUUGAUUAAAAAACAAGAUGAAGUGCGAGAGGGAGAUUCGAUCUUAAGCUGGACUUGAUACUGUAAUGCUAUUGAGGAUUACUCUUCUUUGCGGACUGAAAAAUAACAUGAAAUGUUGAGAAAAUGUUUACUACCAAGCAUUCACAACCAGUGUGACAUUGUAUGUACAAUACAUCUCAUUUUAAUCACAGACUUGCUCUCCUACUGGUUUUAUCUCAUGUGACAUUUGUGAGCUGUGGAAAAGAGUUUGCAGUUUUUUUUAAAACGAAGACAUUUCAUUGGACAAAAAAAAGUCUUUUUUUUUUAAAUGUACAGAUAUUUUGCUACAAAAUUGAGCCUCUUAUUUUUUACAUUGUUCAUCCAUUGUGGUGCUAUACAUAUUGUUGAAACAAACCAACUUGUCCUGCAGUAUCACUGGAAUGUUAUUAACUUUUAUGUUGUUUAGUAUGACAGUAUUAUUUAAUCUGAUGGUGAAGACAGUGAAUCAACUUACUCUGUGACCUAAAUUGCUCUCUCAUCACUAUUGUUGCAUAUGGUAAAUGUCUGUGGUUGCACGUAACACUUGAAAGCUUGAACAGACACUAGUGGCACAUAUAACUUUUUUCUACUUUGAUCUCUUUAACUGGAAUCAGUGGUUGUGUGCAAAUAAAGCAAUGACACCA